GAAACAAUGGCUUAUCUUCAACCAUUAAUCUUCUAUAUUCUGGCUGCUCUUGCAAUAUUCUCGCUUAUCUCUAAUGGCCUACUCAAGGUCUUCCGCACUGACCUCCAUACCAUUACCAAUCUAAGAUUGGUCCCUUGGGGCAAUGCUGAAAUCCAUUGCCAGAAAGAGCACUUGGAAUUCAUUCGCUGCACAGAGCAACAAAGCUUAAAGGAGGCGCCCAUUGAAGCACUGUGGAAAUAUUGUAGUGAAAAGCUGAGAUUGAAUGAGGAGAUAAUCAACAAAUGCUAUACUACUGGAUUCGGAUAUAAGCUGCAAUAUUCUAAUGUGACUGCACAUAUGAAGCCACCUCAAGAAUAUGUGCCAUGGGUGGUGGUGAAUAAUCAGCCACUCAGACAAUACUCCAGCAACCAGCAAUUGUGGACUUCUACAAGCUGGCACUUCAAUGGCCUCCAUCAGUUUGCAGCUCUACUCUGA